AUGCCAUCAGCAUCCACCUACUCGGUCCCCCAGGAAUCGAAGCAGGUCUUCGAGACUGGCAUCCUGAACAAUCCACUUUUCAGCCAUCUUCCCCCAGAGCUGCCGAAGCUAGGUGGAUAUGUGCAGUUCGAGGGCUCCGCACAGCCCAGCAUCCCCAUCAAUUGGAGAUUUGCAGAGAGUAUCUCCGCGCUGAAGGCAUUCGAAGCGACCAUGGUCAAUUACUUGGUAAUUCGAAAGUAUCAGGUUGACCCGGUCAGAGUCACCAUCGACACAGACCAUGCGUCGCUGUAUUUCAUGAGUCCGCUACUUGCACAGAUAGUUGAUUCCGAUGGCAAGCCAAAACCAAUCAACCUCUUCGGCUCCAGCAUGGCUCAGCUAUUUCCCGAGCAGGACAGACAUCGCGCGACCGAUGGCGAUCAUCGGCGUCUCGCGACCAAUAUCUACAAGACCAAGGAUGGUCGAUUCUACCAUGUACAUGGUAGCAUGAACCCCGACCCAACCCUGACAGCGCUGGGCCUUCCCCUCGAGAGACCCGCCGAAGAUACUUACCAGUCAGCCGUCGAGCGCAUCCAAGGAGCAGUCUCCCAGUACGACUCCGCCACGCUGGACCACCUAAUGAACGAACAGACCCGUCAGGCCGGCACGAUCGCAUGGACCUCGGACGAGUAUUUCGCCUCGGAGCACGGUCGCCAAAACAGCCACGUGGGUUUAUAUGAGAUCGAGAAGGAUGUGUACGCCGCCCAGCCUCCGUCCUGGUGGCAUGAACAGCCCAGCCUGCCCUCAUCACCCAAGCGACCGCUCGCCGGCCUCAAGGUUGUAGAUCUGACUCGGGUGAUUGCCGCUCCCUCCAUCACCCGGGGAUUGGCCGAGCUUGGCGCGAGCGUCAUGCGGGUCACCUCGCCUCAUGUCACCGAUAUGUCGGUGCUGCACCCCGACCUCAACUGGGGGAAAUGGAACUGCUCGCUCCACCUGAAGGAGGAAGCCGACCGGGAGCGACUGCGGCAGUUGAUCCGCGAGGCGGACGUCGUCGUAGACGGGUAUCGGCCCGGCGUGAUGGAUCGUCUGGGGUUCAGUCGGCGGGAAGUUUUCGAUUUGGUGAAAGAUCGAUCAUAUGGGAUCCUACAUGUGCGCGAGAAUUGUUAUGGGUGGCAUGGGCCUUGGAGCCACCGGAGUGGGUGGCAGCAGAUUAGUGAUGCAUGUUGUGGUGUAUCGAUGAGCUUUGGGCAGGCGAUGGGCUUGGAUGAACCUGUAACUCCAGUCUUCCCUAACUCAGAUUAUUGUACUGGCGUUGCGGGAGUGGCCGCCAUCCUUGAAGCACUAGUGAGAAGAGCAGACCACGGAGGCAGCUAUGGCAUUGAUGUCUCUCUCAACUACUACUCGCAAUGGCUGGUCCGCUCGUGCGGCACCUACGACCAGGAGGUCUGGUCCGAGCUGUGGACACGCCACGGCUCGCCCGUCUUCCGCCACUACCACGCCAUGCCUUACCUACUGCCGGAGAUGAUGAAGCUGCUGCACCAGCACAACGCACAGACACUGUUCCGCUCGGAGUUCUUUGAGACUCGUCACUCAGGUGCGAUUGACGCGAGUUUCAGGGUAAUAAAGCCCGUCGCGCAGUUCGAGGGGGCGGCCGUGGCGCUUGGGUAUAAUGUGGGGACGCGGGGUAACGGAGUGGAUUCACCGGUUUGGCCGGCCGAUUUGAGGACGGAAGUAGUGCGGUGA